CAGGUGUUUUGAUGAAGAGGAGCAGGUGGUGGGAGCGGGCGGUGCUGGCAGUGUGGGGGUUGGUGACGGUGGUGUUGACGCAGAGCUACGCCGGCAACCUCAUGGCUCUCCUGGCUGUUAGGCACAUCUCUCAGCCCAUCCAGUCCCUCCAGGACAUCCUCGACGUCCACUCUGGCAUGUUUCUUGUGCUGGCGUGCGGCCUCGCUCUUGGUCUGCUUGUUCUGGGGAUGGAGCUCCUGUAUAGUCUUGGAGCUUCUGUAUAG